AGCGGCUCCGGCUCCCGCUCCCGCUCCGCGCCGCGCCGGACCCACUUCCCGGCCGCCGCGCGCCGCCGCCUCGCAGCGACCCCGCCGCCGGCCCGCGGCCCCGGGUCGCCGCGGCCCUGCUGCCCUCCCCCGCCCACCCCGGCCCUCCCCGGCUGCUGCUCCCCGGCGGAGGCGAGAGGUGGCUGGGGGGACCAUGGCUGACGUUUUCCCGGCCAACGACUCCACGGCGUCUCAGGACGUGGCCAACCGCUUCGCCCGCAAAGGGGCGCUGAGGCAGAAGAACGUGCACGAGGUGAAAAACCACAAAUUCAUCGCCCGCUUCUUCAAGCAGCCCACCUUCUGCAGCCACUGCACCGACUUCAUCUGGGGGUUUGGGAAACAAGGCUUCCAGUGCCAAGUUUGCUGUUUUGUGGUUCACAAGAGGUGCCAUGAGUUUGUCACUUUCUCCUGCCCGGGUGCGGACAAGGGACCCGACACCGAUGACCCCAGGAGCAAGCACAAGUUCAAAAUCCACACCUAUGGGAGCCCCACCUUCUGCGAUCACUGCGGGUCACUGCUGUACGGGCUUAUCCAUCAGGGGAUGAAAUGUGACACCUGCGACAUGAAUGUUCACAAGCAGUGCGUAAUCAACGUCCCCAGCCUCUGUGGAAUGGAUCACACGGAGAAGAGGGGGCGGAUUUACCUGAAGGCUGAGGUCACCGAUGAGAAGCUUCACGUCACGGUACGAGAUGCAAAAAACCUCAUCCCUAUGGACCCAAAUGGGCUUUCAGAUCCCUACGUGAAGCUGAAACUUAUUCCUGAUCCCAAGAACGAAAGCAAACAGAAAACCAAAACCAUCCGCUCCACGCUGAACCCCCAGUGGAACGAGUCCUUCACGUUCAAAUUAAAACCUUCAGACAAAGACCGACGACUGUCUGUAGAAAUCUGGGACUGGGAUCGAACAACAAGAAAUGACUUCAUGGGAUCCCUUUCCUUUGGCGUUUCGGAGCUAAUGAAGAUGCCAGCCAGUGGAUGGUACAAGUUGCUUAACCAAGAAGAGGGUGAGUACUACAACGUGCCCAUUCCAGAAGGGGACGAGGAAGGAAACAUGGAGCUCAGGCAGAAAUUCGAGAAAGCCAAGCUUGGCCCCGCUGGGAAUAAAGUCAUCAGUCCCUCGGAAGACAGGAAACAACCUUCCAACAACCUUGACAGAGUGAAACUCACCGACUUCAAUUUCCUCAUGGUGCUGGGGAAGGGGAGUUUUGGGAAGGUGAUGCUUGCUGACAGGAAGGGAACAGAAGAACUGUACGCGAUCAAAAUCCUGAAGAAGGACGUGGUGAUUCAGGAUGACGACGUGGAGUGCACCAUGGUGGAGAAGCGGGUCCUGGCCUUGCUCGACAAGCCCCCGUUCCUGACGCAGCUGCACUCCUGCUUCCAGACGGUGGAUCGGCUGUACUUCGUCAUGGAGUAUGUCAACGGCGGGGACCUCAUGUACCACAUUCAGCAAGUAGGAAAAUUUAAGGAACCACAAGCAGUAUUCUAUGCGGCAGAGAUUUCCAUUGGAUUGUUCUUUCUCCAUAAAAGAGGAAUAAUUUAUAGGGAUCUGAAGUUAGAUAAUGUCAUGUUGGAUUCAGAAGGACAUAUCAAAAUUGCUGACUUUGGGAUGUGCAAGGAACACAUGAUGGACGGAGUCACGACCAGGACCUUCUGUGGGACUCCAGAUUACAUCGCCCCGGAGAUAAUCGCUUACCAGCCGUAUGGGAAAUCCGUGGACUGGUGGGCCUAUGGCGUCCUGUUGUAUGAGAUGCUAGCCGGGCAGCCUCCGUUUGACGGUGAAGAUGAAGAUGAGCUGUUUCAGUCCAUAAUGGAGCACAACGUCUCCUACCCGAAAUCCUUGUCCAAGGAGGCCGUUUCCAUCUGCAAAGGACUGAUGACCAAACACCCAGCCAAGCGGCUGGGCUGCGGGCCCGAGGGGGAGAGGGACGUGAGAGAACAUGCCUUCUUCCGGAGGAUCGACUGGGAAAAACUGGAGAACAGGGAGAUCCAGCCUCCAUUCAAGCCCAAAGUGACCAUCCGUACCAAAAUGCACUGGCUUCAGUGGGCAUCCAGGUCUUCGUGUGGCAAAGGAGCGGAAAACUUCGACAAGUUCUUCACGCGAGGACAGCCCGUCCUAACGCCGCCGGAUCAGCUGGUCAUCGCUAACAUAGACCAGUCUGACUUUGAAGGGUUUUCGUACGUCAACCCCCAGUUUGUGCACCCCAUCCUACAGAGCGCAGUAUGAAACUCACCGGCGAGAGAAAGCGCCCCCCACCCCCAGCCCCCGGCCCCCCAGCAGCGGGAAGUGAUCCUUAAGCCUAAAAUUUUAAGGCCAUGGCCUUGUGUCUUGUUGCACUUGGAGGCCUGAAAAUUAUAGGGUUAUUAGUCCAAAUGUGAUCAACUGUUCAGGGUCUCUCUAUCACAACCAGGAACAUUAUUUUAGUGGAAGAUGACAUAAUGUGCAGUGUCCAGUUUAAUUAUUUAGAAGUCACAUCUGGCUGUAGAUUGUAACCCUUCCUAGAAAGCAAACAGACUCUUGCCCCUUUUUUGGUACAAUUUGAUAUAUUUUCCAUACCCUCCGUCUGUGGAUUUUCACCCUCGGGAUUCCCCAACCAGAAAUGUUAAAAUGAACCUGCCCCAGCCCAGCGGGCUGGAAACACCUCCACCCAAGACGUCUUUGGAACGGAAGCCUGGGGCACCUAGGGAGAGAGAGCAAGGGAAGGGACCAGGGGUCAGGGAGGUUUCGAAAUACCCUCUGCCUCAAUGGAACGGAACUGCCUCAACAGUCCCUAGAAUCUAAGAGGCCAGGAUGGACGUAAUCACUGUCCCCAGACAUUGACACAUCAUAACCCAACCGUGGUCCAGUGGUUAGCAGUUAAAGAAAGAAAGAAAACUUCAGAUGAGUGCUGGGUGAAUCUGUCCUCUGGUACCUACUUGGCUGAUAACUGUCUUGAUACUUGCAUUCUUUUUAAGAGGCCAAAUCGUCUAAGGACUUUGCUAAACGAGCAUGUGAAAUCAUUUCAGAUCAAGGGCAAACCAUUGUGCGUGUACGUUCCUUUUAAUCUCUGGGAGAUUGUCCUUCGAUCCAGGGUGCCAUCAGUAAUCAUGCCACUAUUCACAAGUGUCGUUAGCCAACCCCGCCCCAAUAUUUUGCUCCCAGUGUUGUCACCCACCCCUGAGAAACUGAAGCGUGCGCUCCCUCCCCUUUUGUACUUAUUUAUUUAAUAGGCUGAGAUGUCGUUGAUGGAGUGCAAUGUACAGUAACUUAAUCGGCGUGUUGACUCUAGCAUCGGUCCCUACUGGUUGGUUUUCUUCCCUCCUCCAGCCCCUCAUAUCCACUUAGGGAUGAAAAACAAUGAGGUUUUGGUUCCCGUUCCCAGUUCUUGUUGAAUGACACACCUGGAGCUGUAGAGUCAGGAAACCUGGAUGCACAGCGGCUCAAAGACGUUUCAUCACUAGAAGGAUUUUAAUAUGUUUUGCAAAUGCAUCAUGCAAUGAAUUUUGCAUGUUUAUAAUAAACCUUAAUAACAAGUGAAUCUAUAUUAUUGAUAUAACCGUAUCAAGUAUAAAGAGAGUAUUACAAUAAUUUUAUAAGACACAAUUGUGCUAUAUUUGUGAAGGUUCUUCUUUCUAGUCUGCUUUUAUGAUUUAAGUUUUAGCUUAAUUCUUUACUGCUGUGCUUUCUCCCCACCCCCCCCCCCCCCGCCCCCUCCCUGCACUUGGGCACUGUACCAGAUAGAUUAAUUUUUUAAUGUGGAUCUAAUUUCAAAAAUGAAUGGCUACUUUACAUGAUCAAUUAGGCUUUUACUAUAUAUGUGUGUGUGUGUGUGUAUAUAUAUAUAUAUUUAUAUAUUUGAUUCUACCUGCAAACAAAAGUUCUGUUUGUGGGGUUAUUUUUGAGAUGAGACUCUCUUUUAGCUUCUCAAUGCCAUCUUCCAUUUGGGUUCCUCUGCCACUCUUCCUCUUGGGGACAACGGGAAGCGUCCGACUCCAGUAUGCCUAGUAUGUGUGUGCACGUGUGGCGUUGUCACAGCGCCCGGGCUGAACUUUGUGUGUCUGCGUGUGUUUGUUUUGCUCUUCCUUUCAGCCGUGUGACCGUUGGUGACCCUGGGGGCGGGAGGGGUGGGAAGACUCCCUUCUUGCUGUGUGUAUCUGGACGCACCAGAAGCUUGCUGUCUGCCCGCCCGGGAUGCCCCGCCGUUUGCUCCAGCACACACAGACUCCACGAGACCCACCACGUGUCACCCGAGCACAACCACGCCCUGCAGGUGCCGGCACACGCUUCUCAGAGGCUACGCACUUCCUUCCAGCCGUUGGCCUUCGCAGGCUCGCAAAGAGCCCUUCUUUGGUGAGACAACCCCUCGAUGCAAGGCCCUCAGGGGAGCCAGGCUUCUACGACAGAAAGAAAAUGAAUGCAAGUGGCUAUCGGUCCUUGCAGAGAGCUGCUGUAUUUCCUCCCGAAAGCAUCUCCCUCUGGCUCUGUUCUCAUGACAUAGAACUCCUGAAGGGUCUUGGAGGUGAGAGGCCUGGCUGUCCUGGACACCCCUGAGUGGAGGAAGAGAGGGAGCAGGGAAUGGGCACAAGCAAAAGAAAGCAAUUUCUUCUGCCAUCUUUUAGGGACCUUGGACACCCAAACUCAGAAGGGGCCCGGCUCUGUCCCUGCAGUCGUAUGGGCAGUGCGCGUUCUGGGGGCAUGUCCUGACCAGUGCACCUCCUUUGGUCCAAUGGGAAGAAGACUGGUUUGUAAAAGAGCCUAAAAGACAAACGGCCAGUCCUCCUGCGGCAGACGGGGAGCAGCAGCAGGACGAUCCCAGCUCACCCGGGAGAGGCGGGAACCCCACGAGGGGUGCAUGGGCUUAGGGACCAUUCAUUCCAGCACCCCAAGCCACCUGCUGGCUUUAAGCAAGGCUCAGGCUUUCCUUCAGACAGCAAACCCUCGGUUCCAAAUUCCUACUUCUCUUGGAAACAUUCACCAUCCCCGUCCCAGAUGGCUCGUGUUCCUUCAGAAUGUGUGGCAAAGUUUCCAAAGACAGCGCCGUAACCAUGGGGCCCGGCGUUCAGCCUUAGGGACAGCAGACUGGAGAACAAACCCGGGGAGGGAAAAGCAGUAAAAACGAGGGCGCGAGGACGUGGCCUGCGUUAGGCGUUGCUGAGUGUUGGGUUUAGGUAGAGGCUCGUGCUUUAAGGAUCUGAGCAGCCCAAGACAGCCAUCGCUGGAAGACUAAUGUGGCUAACCAUGAACAACUGUCACCCACAGAGUCGACUCAGAAACGCUCACGGGCAUUGUGUGAAAAGCCGCAGCAGGGUAACCGCUGCUGUGGGAGCCGCAGCAGCGCAUGGGAGGCACAAGGGGGACUCCUUAGAGGGGCAAGUCCUGCCCCCGGGCACUGCCUGUGCCACUGGGGCUGGGAGGUCCAGGCCACCUGGCAGAAUCUAGCACAGUCCCAGGCUCCGCAGGCCCCGGGGUUGGGGGGUGGGGGGACCACGAAGCCCAGUGGAAUCGCUUUGUGUCCUUCUCCCGUGGAAGGUGGCAGCCGUUCUGCGGCAGAACUUCUCUCCAAGGCUGUGGGCCAGCGGGCUGGCAGCCCAUCUCUUGGCAUCUCGUCUAAAGCCACCAGAUGCUGGGCUUGAAAGGAAGUCGCUGGGGUGUGCCGCCAGGAGCAGCGCACAGGCUAACCGGCGAGAACUGGUUCCAAAGGUGGGUGGGAAAGCCCCGGGGCCAAAGGGUCGCUCCCCGAGCUUGGACUUGCCUGUCUGCCCCGUGGCCUGGCGUGGUUGAUGCAGAACCGAUGCCUGCCUGUUCUCAGGAGACGCGCGAGGCUUUCUUGCCAGGAAUUUUGAUAGAAAAUCAGGAGGUUGAGAGCUCUUUGCAAAGUUGGCCCGAGAUGUUUGGUUGAAAGAUUGUGGAAGACAGAGAUUAACAGCCCAGCAAGAGUUGCCGAGCGUCUCUUGGAGCUGAAGCCCUUAGGCGAGCAAGGGGACUUGCUACAGAGGGGGGUGUGCAGAGCCUUGAGGGCCCUCAAGGAUGUGCCAGGAAGGGGGGAGGCUGCGGUCAGGGAGGACGAGGGAGGAGGAGGAGCAGGGCAGCGCCUGCAGAGGGUCCCUGCGGGAGGAGCGGAGGGAGCGGCUGUCGUUCUCAGUGGCUUCCCGUCAGGGUGCCGGUGCAGAUGGGAGUUACCGUCUGCUGGUUCUCGAGAGAGUGUUUUGCCAGGGACACAGUCUGUUCCUCCUCAGACGACACCCCCAAAUGCCAGCAGCAUCCACACCAGCUGCUAGAAGCCCCUUCCCCUCCCCCCUCCGUCCAAACAGCGCGCAGUUCCCUGGCGGGGCCAGUGAGUUCCUGCCCGCGUUCCUCUGUCGCUUCCCGAUGAGGACGAUGGCAGCUGACAAUGGGUGCAGAAGUCACAAGCACAACUGACACCACAGUUCCCACCUGGUUCCUCCUCGCAGGAGAAAUCUGAGUUGUUUUUGCUGGGGUUUGCUUUCUCAUUACUGCUGAAGGGGAGGUGAGAGUCUUAUGUUUCUAAAAGCCUCCGGAAGGCAACACCAUCUGACAGUCAUUUUCUCACCUUGGUCUUACGAAGUCACCUAUUUGUUGUGUGUUCAUAUCACACUAUGUCCUGUUUUUUUGUUUUUUUUUUUUUUAUAUAUAACCCGGCAAGGGCAGGAGUGCCUGCUCCCUGCCGAGCACACCAAGCAGUCGUCACGAAAGGCGCCGUGAGCCAGGGGCCCGAGGGGAUGUGACCGUGAGGGGUUACAGGGAAAGCAGCAGGUGCGACCGUCAUCAGGAAGGAAAGGGACGCUGGGUUAUUAGUGGCUGUGCGCCAGUUGGGCAAGGAGUGUUGGGACGUGUUUUUAAAAAUCUUUUCCUGGGCUACAUUUCAUGAAAUACACUGGACAGUCAUUCCUGCCACCUCCCAUUUGGGCUGACGCAGCAAAUCUCGGGGAUGCUGUCUAUUUCUGCUCUGAGAAGGUCCAGAACGUUGGGGAAGGUUCCCCGAGUUAUGCAUGGAUGAAGGCAGUCAUCUAGAAAUGGUGUCAACCACACGUUGUCAGUGCUGUGAUGUCAGGGUCCCUGGGAGGAGGGUUAAAAGUGUGAACGGUUAUCAUUCCCGGGCCUCUCGUUCGUGUGACCAGGGGUCAGUUAAUAACCGUGCAGGUCGCACUCGGCCAUCAAAACAGCCUUACAGUGAACCCUACAAGCCCCCAAAUCCCAAAGACUUUUUUUUUAACCCUUAAGGAAGUUACUAAUUUGUUAAUUCCAAUAGAACAACCGCACAUACUGGGCUAUUUGUACUUUUUUAUAGAGAACUUUAAUAAUGCAAUUCUUUUAAAAAAAAAAUGAGUUUUUAAAAUGAAGCUACUGACAAUUUCAUAAGAUUCCAACCAUAUAGAGCCUGUGGGAGGACCCGGCCUGGGUCCGCUGGGACGCCCCGACCUGCAAUCCCGCUGCAGGGGCUCCCCGAGCCAGCGGGGCGUGGGGUCCACACCGGAAGGACCACAAGUUCAGGUGCAACUUGUCGGCAGACUGAUGCUCUGGGUGUUUUUAGCAGACACUGGGGACAACUGCUGAAGGUCUAGAAGCGUUGGAACCAUAGGAAAGAUGGCUUUAUUGUCCCCCGUCCAGAUGCAGCCCCAGGGUAGCAGUCCCAGGGGUCUCCGUGACCACCCUUGGGCAGGAAGGAGGAGGGGGACGCUUCCACGGUUCCAUUCCCAGGUCUCACACUUGAGAUGUGAAGAUUCAGAGAUGCCCUCUGAGGAUUUCGCCCACCGGGCAAUUCAGAAAAACUUCAACAUCCCGGGAGAUCGGAGGCAGCAGCAGGCGUGGCUGUCGGCCUGUCUUCACAGCAGUCACGUACGUGUGUAGACAGAACCCUACUUUUCAGAAAAUAUAGGUAUCAGGCCCACUUUCUAAGAACCUUUUUUUUCUAAAAUAAAAGGUGGCUUUGCAUUUUCUGAUUAAACAACUGUGUCUUUGUCUCUGCUUUUAACUUUAGGAGUAUCUAUUUCCUGUGAUUGUGGAUGUUUGUUGCUAUUCUUCCCGGAAGAAUGUGAUCCUUUUCUUGAAAGGUUGGUUUAGUGGAAUAUUCGAAUCAUUCAUGAAGGCAGUUACUACUUUUGAGUCCAAGGUUUUCUAAAAAUUGACCUCACAUCCCUUCUAUUAGGAUAUCUCAGAGUAUCUUUUAUAGACAGAAACAUUUGACAUCAUUGCUGUCGCUCCAUGAUUUUUUGUGUGUGUGAAGGACAUACCGUGUUUAAAUCGUGACUUUGAAAACCAUCAUUUAUAGACCCCAAACUUGUAUGGAGGAAGAGAUGUAGACUGAGGGUUUUCCUUCUGUGUAAGCACCUACUGACAAAAUGUAGAGGUCAUUCACCUGUCAAACGACGCUGGGUUAUAGCGCGGAUGAGAUGGAUGUAUAAAUUACUGCAUUGCUUUUCUCAAUUUGUAUAACCUCUAAUCUUCGUUUGCAUGAUAUGCUUUGUUAGAUACAUUCAUUGUAGUUUGGAAGCCAGCGUGUAUGAAUAAAGAUAACGAUCAUUC